GGAUUGAUUCGCGGCUCCGCCGCGCGAGCAGAUCGAUGGCGAAGUGUUUCGCUGAAUUCUAAUUUCGUAACCUGCAGAGUAAUGGUAUUUCCCUUCUGCUCCGGAUCCAGAGCCUGGUUUAAGGCGAGCACGAGGUGUAGUCCCGGGGCUUCCAGUUCACGAAUCCGUGUUGCGGAGGCGUUUUGCGGUGUUGCGGAGAGGUAAGGUACUUUACUGUAGUUAUUAACUUACGAUCAGAAGCUUAGGGAGGGGUUGUAACCAAUGGGAAACGAGAGCUGAGAUGUUGGGAUCAAUCUUCCCACUUGAUAGGAAAUUCAGGAGUAUUAUCCCACUGUGUUAACUGCGCGUCUUCGAGAUUGGGACAACUCAUUUUGUUUGCGAAUCCUUCUUUAUUUGGAGUUCUUGGCGAGCAUUUUCGCUCAUCACCCAGUGCAACAUCUCCGGGUCAAAUGCUUGUGCUAUUGUAUCCACGAAAGCCCUAAAAUAGACGAGCAUGACGGAUCAGAUUCUGGUACGAGCCGCGCAGCUUCAUCAACACCCGAGGUCUAUGCCAUGCACUGGCCCUGUGGAAACUCUGGUAUGAGUGUGCUGAAGCCGAGGCGAAUGGACUGUUUUUCUUGGGAAAAUUUCGAGAGGACAAGUUGCGAUAUGCGUGAGUGUGUUUUAGGUUUAGUUCAGUUCGUUUUCUGUUGUAGCAGAGAGGAUCCUACUGCGCAAGGGCUUGAUGCACGAGGACUUUCUUUUCAGUAGCAAAAGCUGAGGCUCCAGUUUGAUAACUUCGUCGAUAUUGCAAUGCUCGUGGACACCAUGCUGGAUUUCGACUGUCGAUUCACAUAUUCUUAUCUUUUUCGAGGGACUAAAUUAGGGUGUGCAGCAUCCUGCCACUCGCAAACUUUGAAUCCUUCAGUAAAGUUAGCUGAAACACUGUUCAGAUACUUGUGAACUCCACUUUAACUUUCACUAACUACAAUUGGAUUUAAAGCUUAGACCGCUUAAAAUGCAAGCAGUAUUCCAUCUGGAGCCGCCUAGCAGUUCAAGACUCCCAGUCAUAAGCGACUUCUGGUCUCUCUCAUGUAACGCCCGUUUUCUAAGCAAGACCCAGCAGAAUAGGACGUGCCGUUUUACCUACCCGUUUCACCUCCCGUUAACCUGGACCUACACGAGGGUACCAGUCACUAUGCCCAUGCAAAUGGCGUCCGCGCGGCAAAUCCGUAAUUUAGGAGUCCUGUUGCAACCACUGCAUCCCAGAUUCUGAGAUUCGGAUUCCUGGGUAUUCUACAAAGCGGCGAUAUUAGUUACAAAGUGAUUUCGCGAGAGAGUGCGCAUAGGGACGAGGGAGGAGCACGAUUGGCGGCACGAUGAAGUCGCGAGGAACGCAGUUGCUUGAAUCAAGCAUCGCAUUGCUUGUAGUGGCAUUGAUGUUGCAAUCAGUGUUAGUGCACGGGGAAACGGAGGCCACGCCAUACAGCGAUAGAGGCAAUGCGUGGAAGAUUGAGUCUGUGCUGCGAAAGAAAGACAAUGAGAGGCAGUGGAGGGGCUUUGGGGGGUUUGUGGGCCAAAGUGGUACGUGUGAAGAGAAAUACGGGGUCAUGCCCUGCUCGGUGAGCUUGGGAGGAAACGCAGCGCUUCUAGUGAUCUACGGGUACAUGAUGCUCCAGGCCGCGCAACUUUUGUCCGAUGGGAGUGAGCUUCUGUUGACGGUCAUGAGCCCCGGUAUCAUUGGGGGCCUUCUUUUGCCUAUUUUUGGUGCCUUUCCCGAUGCAUUGCUCAUCACUGUCUCGGGAUUUGGAGCAAACCUGGCAGAAGCACAGGAGAAAGUGUUCGUAGGUAUGGGCUUGCUUGCUGGAUCGUCGGUUAUGUUGCUCACGGCGCUGUGGGGAUCGUGCCUUAUCGUCGGCCGAUGUGAUCUCGUGCCGCAUUUCGCUAAUUCCAAGCUUGUGGCCAAGGAUCGGACAUUAACCAAAGGUUUUCAUCUUACAGAAACGGGAGUUACGACCGAUCAACAAACGAAAUGGGCGUCGUGGAUAAUGAUGGCCACUCUUCUGCCCUAUAUUGUGGCACAGAUACCUCGACUACUAGACUGGAAUGCAGAGGGACAUGUCUUUGUUGCAAUCGCAGCUGUUAUCGCAGUAAUUGGGCUCUUCAGCUACUGUGGUUAUCAGCUUAUGGCUCCUCGGAUACAGGAAAGAAGAAUAGCAUGGGCAAAGCACAGGUAUAUGAGGAACCAUGCUCUUCAUAAGGUAUCCCACCUUUCACAUGAACAAAACUGGGGCAGCCUUUUCACUGCCAAUAGUGAACCAAAUGAGGAGGUGCUGCUGAAGUUAUUCCGUCAUUUCGACCCAGACAAUGAUGAACACCUCACCAUGACGGAGCUGAGGGGUUUGAUUCUGGGUUUAGGGAUUGAGCGUGAUAAUGGCCAAGUCCCUGACGAAGAAGAGCUUCAGCAUUGGAUGUUGGAGUUCGACGUCUCAAGGGAUAACCGAAUUUCGGUGGACGAAUUCCUUGAGGGUAUAAAGCGGUGGAUAAAGUCCUCCAAAUCCAUUAGCCUCCCGAAAACGAACACAGUCAAAGUGGACAGAUCCUCUCCCUCUGAACACCACGGUUGGGACUUCGAGGCCCAGAAUGCCAAGUUGGAUUUAGCGUCCUUAGCGGACGAGGCAAACGAUGACGACGACGAGAAUGAGAGCAACAGUGACCCAACCAAAGCCCAGGUCAUCACAAAAGCAAUUUUCUAUUUGCUUUCUGGAGCUGCUGUUGCUGCCAUUUUUGCUGACCCCUUAGUAGAUGCAAUUAGUGGCUUUUCUGAAGCUUCAGGAAUUUCUCCCUUUUUCAUCUCCUUCAUUGCUACACCUCUAGCGACCAAUUCCAGCGAAGCAAUUUCUUCUCUCAUCUUCGCCAAGAGGAAACGCAAGAAGAACAUUUCCAUGACUUACUCUCAGAUUUAUGGUGCUGUGACCAUGAAUAACACCAUGUGCUUGGGAAUUUUCUUGGCAAUUGUGUAUUUCCGAAGCCUUCAAUGGGAUUUCUCAGCCGAAAUUUUCGUAAUUUUCUUUGCGACUUUGUUGAUGGGCUCCGUGGCAGCUCUCCGCACAACUUUCCCACUUUGGAUGGCUUUCAUUGGAAUAGCCCUUUAUCCUGCUUCCAUUGGACUGGUAGCCUUCUUGGACUACGUUUGUGGUUGGCAUUAAACCUUUCUCGAUUUAAAGAAACGUCGGACGGUUUGGCUUUUUGCUGCGAACAAACAACAUAGAAGGUUAUCUUUUCUCUCAUUGCAGAUUUCUCUGCAGGUUUGUUUGCUUCUGUAGCGGAAGUAUGUUUCUAGCAUUCAAUGUUUACUCAUGACCUUCAUUCGUGAUUGCCUCAUCCUUUAGACAGGCUGCUUGAUUGUGUACGAUGGAUUGAUAGGCGGUUUCGAUUGUCUAUUAGACAUCAGCCUUGUCUCACUAAAUUCCACCAACGUAGAUUAGAAUGUAAAUGAAGAAACCCAAUUUCCGAAAAAAGACAAUUUAACUGGUUUACUAUCAUGCUCUGUAUCCAACUCAAGUCUGUCAACUUUGCGCUCAUUAUUCAGAGAUUUUGCAAGGUUGUUCCUACA